AUGGUUGAAACAGAUGCAUCACCGUCAACUGAAACUACAAGACCGAUUGCAGCUGCUCGUAGUAGAGCAAGUCGUGGCGUAAAACGUAGUGGUGGUAUAAAUUCCGCUACUACACAACAAGCAAUAACAACAAUCCGUUCCUCACCAAGAACAACUCGUAAAACAAUACAUUAUCCCAAUAAUAUAGUCAAUAAACAUUUCGUUGAUAAUGUGCCUAUUUUAGAAAUAACUGUUAGAUUUGAUGAAGAUGAGUACGACAUUUGGCGUCGACAAGACACUGAUGAAGUUAAUCUUUAUUAUUUAUUACGAGUUAAAUAUCCAAAAGAUGAGGAUGAAGAAAAAUGGGUACAAGAGCUUGAAAAAUUGAAAAAAGAGAUUGUUGAAAUUAAAAUUAUUGAAAAUGGAUGGUUUGAAGGUGUUUGGGUCCCACUUGAAGCAGCAAAGGACAUUGCAUCGAAAUAUGGAAUUUAUGAAUAUGUAGCAGCCUUAUUGGAAUCUGAGAAUAGUUGGUUCAACAACAACACAAAGAAAUAUACACGUUCAAAGAAUGGGCGUGAUAAAUCUAUAAUUCCAGUCGCUAGUUCAAGUAAAUCUAAUAAUAGUCUUACUGAUGAGGAUGAGAAUGCUACUAAUAGGAACAGAAGAUCUUUAAGAAUUAAAUUAAGGUCAGAAGCAAAAAUUCAAUCAUCUAUCGAGAAUCAAGAAUCGUCAUCAACAGUUCGAGGUGAAUCUAGUAAUCGUAAAUCUAACAGCAACAAUAACGAUGACAACGAGAAUGAUGGAUCAGCAGAUUAUUCGGAAGAAGGAACCCAUAAUGUAACAACAGCACUGAAUGGUGACAAGGAAGAAAUUAAAGAACUUAAGAGAAAAUUGGAUGAUAGUGAAAAUGCUUUAAAUGAUAACAAUCAACCAAUCAGUAAAAGAAGAGCAAUUUGGGCAGGAAUUGGUGCAACUAUUGGUGCUGGUGUUGCUGCAAUAACUCUUAAUAGUACUGGAAUCACCGAGACAGUUUUGAGUUAUUUCAAUUAA